UUCUAAGCAUCUAUAUUAUAUAUAGAACUUCAUGUAUAAUACAUAUAUGUAUAAUUAUAUUCACAUAUAAUUAUUUCUCUUUUUCACAACUGCCUGUGGUGAUCAAUAAUCUGUAGAUAUGAAAUAAAUCUUACUGAUACCUGGGCCUGAGAGACUGGAAUGACAAGUGAAAGGUCAAACAUAUGAAAAAACAUCGUAUGUGUCCAACUUACAAAAUUCCAUUCCAUAUCUGUUCUACGUAUAGUCCCCAGGUAUCACUGGACAGGCCAUGGCUCAACGGUCCCGAUGACGAAGGCGCAAGAAACCCCCCUCAUCAGUGGCUCCCGUGGUUGUGACCCUACCCACAAUUGUGACUCCUGUGCCUCUGACCCUCUCAAAACCUGGCCCUAGCAUUGAUACCCUUGGCUUCUUCUCCUUGGAGAAUAAUGUUCCUGGCCUAUCCCAGCUGAUCCUUCAAAAGCUGAACAUGAAAAGAUAUGAAGAAUACAAGUUGGUGCUAGAUGGGGAUACUCCUGUAUCAGGCUUUGGAUAUCGAUGCCUUCAAGAAAUGUUCCAGAAGAUGGAGGACACAUUCUGAUUCUGUGUUCACUGUAAAGUACUCCCUAGUGGCCUUUCAAACUCCAACGUCCUCCGGCACUGCAAGAGGUGCAGAAAUGUCUAUUACUGUGGUCCAGAGUGCCAGAGGUCAGACUGGCCAGCACACAGGAGGGUUUGUCAAGAGCUGCGUCUUGUAGCUGUGGACCCUAUGGAAUGGCUUCCGGUCACAGGUGAUUUUGUCCUUCCCUCAGGACCUUGGUCUUGGCUGACUAAAGUCGUACAGGGCUGGGACACCUGGUUUUCUAUGCGACAUUUACAACUAGAGGCUACUCUGGAUGCUGUGCUUGGUAGUCAGGCCAUGACCACCCUGUGGGCCAGUGUAGGAUGGCCAAGGCCAGAUCCAGAUGUCCUGCAGGGCUCUUUGAAGCAGUUGCUGACAAUUGCCCUGUCACGGCCCUUGACACUGGGCUUUGGGCUUCAGGCCUUGGGGAUAAAUGUUGGAAGGUCGGGGGGAAGCACAGUGCACGUGGUUGGUGCUUCUCAUGCAGAGACGUUCCUCACUCACUCUGGGGACUAUGAUGAACUUGGCUACAUGUUUCCUGGGCACCUUGGCCUCCAUGUAAUCAUGGUGGGUGUAGAUGUAGCUGCUGGCUUUUCACAGAGUGCCUCACCUUCACUCCUGGAACCUGGCACAGUUCAGCUUAGUGGCCAUAGGGGCCUCUAUCAUGACUUCUGGGAGGAGCAGGUAGAGUCUGGGCCGAUAGCCCAUCCAGAUUUGGUGGUGGUAUUCCAUCCAGGUUUCCAUGCUUCCCCGGACCUGAUGGAGGCUUGGCUGCCCACCCUCUUGCUACUUCGUGAUUAUGAGAUCCCUACGAUGAUUACUGUUUACAGCCAGCAGGAGUUGGCAGCCUCUUUGCAGAUUCUGGUGGACCUGGAUACACACAUCACAGCCUAUGGAGCUAAUCCUUUUGCGUCCCUCAAACCUGAACAGGUCUACUCCAACCCCAGCAAGCAGCCAGUAUACUGCAGUGCCUACUAUAUCAUGUUUCUUGGAAGCUCCUGCCAGCUGGAUAAGAGGCAAUUGGAAGAGAAAGUAAAUGGCAGGGUAUAAAUAGCUGAGCCAGAUCCUGACUGGAUGUCUAGAAAAGGCAGAGAUUGUGAUGAAAUUACCUGCUGAUGCCAGAUUAUUGCCAACUUUCAAAUCCACUGUAUCGUAAACUUAAUUCACUUGUCUCGGUAGAUUCUAAGCUGAAUGGGAGCUCCUGUAUGAUGUGACUCAUGUCUAAGAGGUUAGCCACAUGUAGCUUCUAGAGACAGGAUUCUAGAUUUAGUGUGUGGCAAAAGGCACUUGUAUCAGUCUUUGUAGAGCCUUAAGUUCCUAAGAGUUUCCUUCAUGAGAAAGUUAUACGUUUUGACUUUAACCGGAUGGCACCAAGGAGAAGAAUGGCACCUUAUUCUUCUGAAAAAGACUUUCUUCUUAUACAGCAAUUUGGGCUAAAAAAUGCAGAGGUCUUAAUGACUUGAAGUAGUGGAAACAUGAGCAAGUCAGAGAAGUGGUUGGGAACAUGGGGGAGGUUGUGAGGAUUGGCACACUGUUCUACUUCCUGGCUUUUUCGAGAUACAUGUCUCAUUUUCCUAUUUUCUCUUGGGGACUUCUAAUUUUAGAGCAGCUUUUUGCCCUUGUGUUGUAUUUUAGGUAUCCCAGGGUGUAUCAGACUUUACUUGAAUAUACUGGAGUUUGUUAUCACCUGGUCUAUACCACAAUAAACUCAGUUUGGGGCUUCUUAA